AAUUUUUUUUUAAAAAAUUGUCUAAGUAAGUUAAGAAUGAGAGAAAAGAGAAGGAUGGAUGGUUUAAUACUCUUAUCCGUAGUAAUGGCUGCUGUAGUGUCGCACGUGCCGAACGGCAUCUCUCACGUGCGCGCCAAUUCAGUGUUCACUGCCUGCGGCUAUUAUAAAUCCAACUGCUACGCCAACUUGGCAGCUCACGCAAUUGCUCCGCGAUUCCUCUCGGCUCAUAGGAGAAUGGAGCAAUCCGACGCCGCCGCGAAGCUUCGCUCCGAGUUUCUGCAGGUCCUCCGCAGCCGCCGCACUGCCGAAGUUCCUCUUUCCGUUGAAUCUGCACAACCUGUAAGAGAUCCACUAUAUCAGGAAACUCCUACGCCAACCUACAGUGAGGCUAUGGAGUCUUGUCCAAAGAAAGAGAUUGCGAAUUUCAGGGAGCUGCUUCAAGAGGAGAAUUUUUACCUUACUACUGAGGCAGGUGAGCAAGGGCGCUUGCCGGUUCUGCUAUUGAAGCUGAAAGAAAGUACUCCGGAGAGAAGGCCAGCAGUGGUUUUCCUGCAUAGCACACAUAAAAACAAAGAGUGGUUGAGGCCAUUACUCGAGGCUUAUGCUUCAAGAAAUUAUAUCGCUAUAGCCAUUGAUUCACGUUAUCACGGAGAGCGUGCUAAAAACUUGACAACCUACCAAGAUGCUCUAGUGUCGUCGUGGAAAAAGGGAGAUACAAUGCCUUUCAUUUUUGAUACGGUAUGGGACUUGAUAAAAUUGGCAGAUCAUCUUACAGAAAGGCAGGACAUCGAUCCUUCGAGGAUAGGAAUCACUGGCGAAUCACUGGGAGGAAUGCAUGCAUGGUUUGGUGCGGCUGCUGAUACUCGUUAUUCAGUCGUUGCCCCCGUAAUCGGAGUUCAGGGGUUCCGGUGGGCGAUUGAGCAUGACAUGUGGCGAGCUCGAGUUGACAGCCUCAAGCGUGUAUUUGAAGAGGCGAAAAUCGACUUGAAGAAACGUGAAGUCGACAGAGAAGUGGUGGAGAAGGUUUGGGAGAGGAUAGCUCCUGGUUUGGCGUCUCAUUUCGACGCGCCUUACACGGUUCCUGCGAUUGCUCUUCGCCCUCUAUUCAUCUUAAACGGUGAGAAGGAUCCACGCUGCCCCCUAGCUGGACUGGAACUUGCAGAAUCGAGAACGAGAAAGGAAUAUGAAAAAGCCAAUUCUGCUGAAAAUUUUAAGUUGGUAGCCGAACCGGGGAUCGGGCAUCAGAUGACUCCUUCGAUGGUGAAACAAGCUAGUGAAUGGUUUGAUCAACACUUGAAACCAUGAGGGCUGAUUCGAAUCCGAGUGCUCCUCUAUAAAUUGCAUUUCGCUGGCUAAACUGCCUUUGUUUGAAUGGAAUACACACCAGCUAUUUUGUACUUGUAAACUACAAGACAUCACCUGUUUUCACCAUUUUCAUAUUUCAAGGUUUUCGCAUUGCUUAA